AAGCAUUUUGACAUAGCACCCAGUCAAAGGUCAUUGCUAACGUCACUCCCCUCGUGUUGGCCAGUUGUUUUGCUACGUACUUUGCUGUUGCAGGCAAGGCAACCAUGUCAUACACUUGUAUAAGCUGUCGGGUGGCUUUUACCGAUGGUGAUGUGCAGCGGGCGCACUACAAGACCGAUUGGCACCGGUACAAUCUGAAGCGCAAAGUGGCCGACAUGCCCCCCGUCACCGCCGAGAACUUCCAGGAGCGCGUGAUGGCACAGCGGGCAGCAGCCGAGCAACAACAGCAUCAGCUAGAUCACGGCAGUGGGCAGAUGUGCGCCACCUGCAACAAACACUUCAACAGCGCUAAUGCGUACACCAACCACCUUCAAUCCAAUAAACAUCUGCAGGCCGAAAAACGUGCGCUGGCUGCUGCUCAGGCAACUGUCCAGCGGAUGAACGAGAAGAACCUAGAAAAGGGAGCGGAGCUGGAUAAAAAUGCCCAAAACGAGGCGCUGCAGCAAGCGCUGAAGGAGCAACAGAAACAUACACCCUCUGAAGCCACAUCUACCGAGAAGAAGGACCGAUUGCGUCCAGACAAACCCCCACGGCUACAGUGGUUUGAACAGCAGGCAAAGAAGAUAGCGGGAGAAGACGAAGAAGAUGAGGAAGAGGAGUGGGAGGAUGUUGACGGUGGUGAUGAUGACGACGACGAAGAAGAGAUGGAAGCUGAUGAUGAAGAGGAGGCAGAAGAGGAGAUGGAGGAGGGUUUGUCAGAGAAGCCUGAGCCUAUCCCUGGGUCCAUUCCAGUCACAGAUUGCCUGUUCUGCAAGCACCACUCGCGCUCUAUCAGCAGGAACGUGGCCCACAUGACUAAAGUGCACAGCUUCUUCCUGCCCGAUGUGGAGUACCUAGUGAACCUGCGGGGACUCAUUGCUUACCUGGGAGAGAAGGUGGGAGUCGGGAACGUGUGUCUGUGGUGUAACGAGAAGGGCCGGUCAUUCUACUCUGCGGAGGCGGUGCAGGCCCACAUGGUGGAUAAGAGCCACUGCAAACUAUUCACAGACGGAGACGCUGCGCUGGAGUUUGCAGACUUCUAUGAUUUCAGGAGUAGCUAUCCUGACGCUAAAGAUGGCGAUGAUGUGGAGAUGAGGGAUGGAGAGUUGCCUGAUGACAAGAACGUGGAGUUUGACGACGACACUCUGGAGCUCACGCUACCCUCAGGUGCCAAGAUAGGACACCGCUCCCUGAUGCGUUACUACAAGCAGAAGUUUGGCAACCAGAGAGCUGUGGUUCUGGCGCAUAACCAGAAUGCCGUGGGCCGGGUUCUCAGGCAGUACCGAGCCCUUGGCUGGGGAGGAGAUGGAGGUAAACUGGGUUCGCUGCGGCAGCAGAAGGACAUGCAGUAUGUGCAGAGGAUGAAGUCGAAGUGGCAGCUGAAGAUGGGCAUGAACAACAACACCGUCAAACAGGCCCACUUCAGAUCUUCAGUCAUGUUUUAAAUGACCCACUCCACCCAGCCACCACACCUCUGCUGGCCUCUCUGCAAAGAGGUCCUGCAGGAAAGCCCUCUCCUCUACAUCCUCUAGUGCUCAGCAAUGCAGCCCUGUGGCAGUUCAGCAGUUGGUUCCUGUGUGUCCGUGUGAUGGGGCCAAAGGGCUGUACUACAAAGUGAAAUUAGUGGUAUGUCGAGCCUAAAGCCUGAGGCACAUUCAGAUUUGGCAACAGAGGUGAACGCCUGGCGAUUUGUUUGCCAAAUUUGAGCAUGCUUCAGGCUUUAGGCUCAACAUGGCACUAAUUUUGCUUUGUUUUAUACCUCCUGAAAACCUGUUGAAAUGCUUACUGAUGUUAUAUCCCUAAACAGUCAACUAUGACUAUGGAUUGCUUCUAGGAGAUGUUACUACUCAUACUAGACUAUCCAUUUCUUCUGAUCAGCAGGUAAACCUCUUCAUAGGAAUAAUAAGCGCUUUACUGAUUAUAGUGUGAAAUAACUAAUUAUAAGAGAGUCUUGAUUUUACAUGGACCACAGACAUUUGUAAUUGUGUGACAAAAUAACAGCUUAUGAUUUCUAUUGUGUAAGAUAUUUCUGUAACAAAUAUGUACAGACUAAACAAAUAAAGUUCAGCACAGGUAGUUUUUGAUCUCC